AUGCGCGCGCUCAUUGAGGAUUACGAUGUCGCGCCGAUGCCCGAUGCAUCGGCUCGCGGGGUCGACGUGACGGCGUCGUGGAUCACGCCCAAGCAUCUGAGCGCCGCGCACCGGGACGCCCUGGUGCGCGCCGUGUCCAACGUGCUGGCCACGGACGUGGCGGAAUUCACGUACGCUGAGAUAAUCGACGGGCUGCCGACGGCUGAGUCCUUCACCGAGUUUCGGUCGUUUUAUCCCGCGGAAGGCGAGCACCCCGCGUGUCACCACCAUCGACUUUGCGAGGGCGCGUUGGAGGCGGCUCGCGAGGCGCGCGCAAGGUUCGACCCUCUCACGCUGCGGUUUGACCCUCAGGCGUUCCAGGAUCAGCACGAGGGCUCGCGAUCAUUCUCCCUCCGGCUCGUCGAACUGGUCGCCGUGUCUCUCCAUCAGAUUGCCGUUCGGCUUUACGAAACCACCGAGAGUCCCCAUCGCGCCGAGUACCAAUCGUGGUGGGAAUCGUGGAGGGAGAGGCACAAGGACGCCGUGGGCAUCGGCCAGGUUUACGCCAUUUCCUUCCCGCCCGUUCCGUUCUUCCACUGUAGUUACCAUCGGCCCUUUGACCAAUUCCCACGAGGCAAGGCCGAUAUCGUCGGCUACUGGGCCGAGGCGAAGAUCCUAGGGGGCGUGGCUCUGUUCAACCGUGGGCCCUCGGAGCUCGAGUGCAACGAGCUUUUGAUACAUGGAAACUUGAGGAUGGGGCCCCAUACAAUCUACCCGCCCACGGCCGAACAAUGGGAUGCCCUCGUCGCCUUCCUGAGCUGGGAUGCGACGGCAGCCCCGAUGCACAACAACGACGCGCCGCCACCAUGCCCUCUCCCGCUGCACGCCACGCGCGACAACCUCCCCCGCUACACGCCCUACUUUGCCAUGAAGUACCAGCACAUAUUCCGCGACCGCUUCGCGUUCCGCCUGCCCACGCGGUACGAGCCUCCCACCGGCCGUUGCGUCCAAGGUCCGACCGACGUGAGCUAUCCCGAGUGCGAGGACUGGGUUUGGAUCAUCCUUAGCAUGGGACAGCAGGCGGGAGGAGAGGCCAUCGACGAGGAAGAAAUGGAGCGGAGGAAGAAUGUGCUCCGCGCGUGUCAGCCGGGUAAUCCGUAUUCGUAUGCGCCGUGGCCCGAGGAGAUUCUCGAGGGUGAGGGAAUGAACCGGGACGGGUCGGGGGCGGUUAAUCAGAGUUAUACUUGGUGA